UGUACAAACAAACCCGAUACCAACUCGGAAAAGAUCCGAAUGGAGUUCGGGAAACGAAGUUGGCGAUUUCCUGAUUUGCGUCGACGGCUAUUUCCCUAACGGCUAGUUUCCCUAUAUUACAACUGUACUACACCCGACUCUUCACUCCUCAUCUCACUGCACAACAGAGUCGGAGAGACAAAAACCCUCUUUUUUCCCUCUCCACCAAGGAACCCACUCACCGUUGACCUCUCCACUCACCGGCGGCGGCGCAGUUGCAUCGUCCUCUGAGAGUAUAUUGGUGCUCAUUGAGUUCUGUAACUAACAUUCAGUAUGAUGCUCGUACAACCCAAGAGGCUGAAGAUCAAAUUUUCAAAGGGGGGUAUAAAUACUGAUCCUCCUGGGAUAUCAUGUGGUGAUGGGAUUAAUGACUACAUGAGGUCAAAUACUAGUGUUGCUGUUGGUAAUAAACGAGUUUCAACAUGGAUGGUUGGGUGUCCAAAAGAAAAGAAACAGAAGACAGAAACCAGUGCAUUGGCGAUGUGUUCUUCUAUUUUGGAAGAUUUGAUGUCUCAUGAAUUUGGUUGGAUUUUCAACCAACCAGUUGAUCCUGUUGCACUAAACAUUCUUGAUUACCUUACGAUAAUUACUAAACCCAUGGACUUGGGAACAAUAAAAUCUAAGCUGGACAAGAAUGAUUAUUACGGCGUUGCAGAGUUUGCGGCUGACGUUAGAUUAACUUUUUCCAAUGCCAUGCACUACAAUCCUCCUAUGAAUGAUGUUCAUGCAAUGGCAAAGACGUUGAGCUGUAUUUUUGAGAAAAAAUAUAAAGUUUUGCAGAAUAGGUUUGGAUCAGACACUUUAUUAAAAGAUACCAUGCAAAAGUGUGACGCACCAGCUCUUUUGGUUAAUAGAUCAGCCCCCAAGAGGUCACUCCCUUUGAAAGGAAAGGUUGUCAGAUGUUCUUCCGAGGCAAGAGCUGCUGAUAUAGUUGAACACUCUAAAACGAAUACCUAUUCUAUGCAAAAGUUGGGGAAGAACUUCAUUGAAGGUACUGACAAUAGCAGUAGACGACCAUGUGUCUCUAUCAAUGCAAAAAAACCAUCUAGUGUAACUCUCAAGCAGUGCAGCUCACGUAGUGGUACUGAGAGUAGCAGUAGACGAACUACUGUCUCUGCGAAUGCAAAAAAGCCAUCUAGUAUAACUGUCAAGCAAUGCAGCUCAGGUAGUUGUAGUGAAAUUUCUUCAGAUAGAUCACUGGGAAAAAAUCAUCCUUGCAGUGCAACCUCUAGAAUUGAUCGUCGACCUAGGCCUGAUCCAGAAUCUGAGAGAGACAAUAUAAGUUCAUCUAGAGAAGAAUCUACUCCAACUGUAAAAUUAUCAUUGCAAGAAGCACUUCGUGCUGCCAAAGCUGUCGCUGCAAAAUUAAAAUCCCACUAUGCAGAGACUACUUUGAAGGUUGAAGAUAAACGCUGUAUUGACCCUUUUAAAGCUAUUCAGGGUAAUAAAAUAACCAAUCUUGAGAAAAAACACAAUAAGAAAUCAGGACAGAGGCAGCCUGAGAUUGAAGAGGAGGUGAUGACUGAGGUUGUCUCAAGAACAAAGACAGAAUUGGGGUUAAAACAUCAGAGGGAAAGAGAAAGAGAAGCCGCUCGAGUUGCACUCGAUAAGGUUGUUGAGGAAGCUGAUAUUGAUCAAACCCUCGAGUAUUUUGAAGCACUCGAACGGCUGUGCGGGUACAAGCCAUCAUGUCGGUUUACUAGAAGAGGAAACCACUGCUACAUUGAAUCUUCCGGGUUGAGUUUAUCUCGCUCACCAUUGGAGAAGUUGGGUUUGUUCUUGAAAGAAGAGUACAUGGAUGGUGAGGAGGAUGACUAAGAGUGUAUAUAUAUACAAGAACAUAUAUGUGAUAGGAGUUAUUCUUGGAAAAUGAUAUUUUCAAUAAUGUUUUGCCCGAAUUCUUACAUGUAUAUAACUAUAGGAAAACUAUUAAGUGAGAGCAUCACUCUUGCCCUCAAUUUUUUUUACAUGAUAUUGUAUAUUGAAGCAUAGUAAUAUGAUAUAUUACUUUUUCUUUUC